AUGUUGCGGGGCCGGUGGCUGCUGCCCGGCGUCUCGCUGGCGCUGGGUGCGGGGCUGGGCGCGGCCCUCACCGCUCGUCGCCGGCCCGAGCCUGAGCCCGAGGGGCUGCUGAGCCUCCUGCCCAUGGUGCCCGCCGUGGCGGCCGCCGGUCCGCCGGCGCUGCCGGAGCUGACCAAGUACGGCCUGCCCGGGCUGACGCAGCUGCGGAGCCGCCAGUCCUACGUGCUGUGCUACGACCCGCGGAGCCGCAGCGCGCUCUGGGUUAUCGAGCAGCUCAACCGGGACAGCCUCAGCGGCGCCUCCGACCGCGCCGCCUGCGACUUCCAGGAGGACGAUUCGGUUCAUGAGUACCACCGGGCCACCAACGCCGACUACCGCGGCAGCGGCUUCGACCGCGGGCACCUGGCCGCCGCCGCCAACCACAAGUGGAGCCAGCAGGCGAUGCGGGACACCUUCUACCUCAGCAACAUCGUCCCGCAGAAUCCUCAUUUAAACCAGAACGCCUGGAAUAACUUGGAGAAGUACAGCAGAAGCCUGACAAAGCACAACAAGAAUGUCUACGUCUGCACAGGACCCCUUUACCUGCCCAGGACAGAGGCCGACGGGAAGAUGUACGUCAAGUACCAGGUGAUUGGGAAGAACCACGUGGCCGUGCCCACACACUUCUUCAAGGUGCUAAUCCUGGAGAAGGAGGCUGGGGACAUUGAGCUGCGCUCCUACGUGAUGCCCAACUGCCCUGUGGAUGAGAAAAUCCCUCUGGAGCGGUUCCUGGUUCCCAUCGAGAGCAUCGAGCGAGCCUCGGGGCUGCUCUUCGUGCCAAACAUCUUGAAGAGAACCAAUAACUUGAAAGCCAUCACAGCUGGAGCCUCCCACAGCUGAACACAUGCAGGUGCCCCUGGGAAGGGUCUCUCAGCAGCCCCCUGCAGAGAAGCAGCUCCUGCGAUGACAGGAGCCAGACAAUGCCCCUCCUGCCCUGCCCUUGUCUCGUCUGACAGUGAAAUGCACACAGCAGAUCCUGCUGAAGGCUCCUGGGUGCUUGGCAGCAUCAUGAAGGUGCAGCCAUGGCAGCUGGGGACAUGGUUGGAUGUGAUGGUUGGACUUGAUCCUGGAGGCCUUUGGCAGCCCUCACAAUUCCGAUUCUACAGGGCUAAGAUUUGCCCCUGCAGUGUGGAACUACCCUGGAGCUGUUCCCUUGGGCUCUGUGGGGAAGUUCUGGUUUCUGUGUUUAGAGGAGCAGGAGACAGGCUUCUGCCUUUGUGUGGUUGUUGUCUCUCAGAAGAUGGUUUCAGCAGUAAAGCUUUGCACACCAA